AGAGGGGAGUUGCCCGGGCCAGACCAGACGCACCAAUAUACCCUGCCAAGCAACAUAGUCCUGUCGAAUUAAACCCUCUCCUGUCCCGCAUCACCAAAAUACCCACCGCGGCCUAGAAAACGUCUAAAUCAGACAGCAUAAGGCAGCAUGGUGUACCAUCCUGAGUUUGAGAAGGCUGGCCAACAGGCGGGCCUGCAGGUGUGGAGGAUUGAGAAGUUUGACCUGGUGGCCGUGCCAGAGAACCUGUAUGGAAGCUUCUACACGGGAGACGCCUACCUGGUCCUGAACACCAUCAAGCAGCGCUCCGGGAACCUGCAGUAUGACCUGCACUUCUGGCUGGGCGAUUUCUGCACCCAGGAUGAGAGUGGAGCAGCAGCCAUCUUCACAGUCCAGAUGGAUGACUAUCUGGGGGGUAAACCCAUCCAGUACCGCGAGGUCCAGGGACAUGAGUCCAAAGUAUUCCUGGGUUACUUCAAGGCUGGACUGAAGUACUUGAAAGGAGGUGUGGCAUCUGGGUUCAAACAUGUGGUCACCAACGAGGUGGUUAUGCAGCGGGUACUGCAGGUCAAAGGUCGCCGUGUUGUCAGGGCAACGGAGGUGCCUGUCAGCUGGGACAGCUUCAACCAGGGAGACUGCUUCAUCCUGGACCUGGGCAGCGAGAUCUACCAGUGGUGUGGCUCCCAGAGCAACCGCUUUGAGAAGCUGAAGGCCACCCAGGUUGCCAAGGGUAUCCGUGACAACGAGCGCAGUGGGCGAGCCCGCGUGUACGUGUGUGACGAGGGUGCGGAGAGAGAUAAGAUGAUAGAGGUUCUGGGAGAUAAAUCAGACCUGCCUGAAGGAUCCUCUGAUGACAUCAAAGCAGAUGCCUCAAACAGGAAAAUGGCCAAACUGUACAAGGUGUCCAAUGGCAGUGGAGACAUGGCCAUGUCCAUGGUGGCAGCAGAGAACCCAUUCUCCCAGAGUGCACUGGAGUCCAGCGACUGCUUCAUCCUGGAUCAUGGCUCUGAUGGCAAGAUCUUCGUCUGGAAAGGCAAAGAAGCCAACCUGGAGGAGCGUAAGGCAGCCAUGAAAGCAGCAGAUGAGUUCAUCAAGAAGAUGGGCUACCCCAAACACACCCAGGUGCAGAUCCUGCCGGAGAUGGGAGAGACGCCGCUCUUCAAGCAGUUCUUCAAGAACUGGCGUGACAAGGACCAGACAGAGGGCCUGGGCGUGGCCUAUGUCUCCAACAGCAUCGCCAAGAUAGCGAAGGUGUCCUUCGAUGCCGCCACGCUCCACGACUCCCCUGCCAUGGCUGCCCAGCACGGCAUGGUGGACGGGGGCAACGGAGAGAAGCAGAUCUGGCGUAUUGAGGGAUCAGACAAGGUGGAAGUGGACCCCUCCACACAUGGACAAUUCUAUGGGGGAGACAGUUACAUCAUCCUCUACAACUAUCACCAUGGAGGACGCCAAGGGCACAUUAUCUACAUGUGGCAGGGAAGUGAUUCUUCCCAGGACGAAAUUGGUGCUUCAGCCAUCUUGGGUGCCCAGUUGGACGAUGAGCUUGGUGGUGGGCCUGUGCAGGUUGCUGGGGCUCCUAUUACCACCCAGGUGAGAGUAGUCCAGGGCAAGGAGCCAGCUCACCUCAUGAGCCUGUUCAGGGGGCAGCCCAUGGUGGUGUACAAGGGAGGUACGUCCAGAGACGGGGGUCAGUCCGCUCCUGCAGAAACACGACUCUUCCAGGUGCGCUCCAACUCUGCAGGGUGCACAAGAGCUGUGGAGGUUGAUGCUGUGUCCUCCAACCUGAACUCCAACGACACCUUCCUCCUGGUGACCCCAGCAGCCUCGUUCAUGUGGGUGGGCCAGGGGGCCAGUGACACUGAGAAAAAUGGCACCAAGCAGCUCUGUGACAUUCUGGGGGUGUCCUCCUCAGAACUGUCUGAGGGUGGAGAGACUGAUGACUACUGGGAGGCUCUGGGAGGGAAGGCAGCAUACCGCACCUCCUCCAGACUGAGAAGCAAGGACAAGAUGGACGCCCAUCCACCCAGGCUCUUUGCCUGCUCCAACAAGACCGGAAACUUCAUUAUUGAGGAGGUACCUGGGGAGAUGACCCAAGAGGAUCUGGCUACCGAUGAUGUCAUGAUCAUGGACACAUGGGAUCAGGUGUUUGUCUGGAUCGGGAAUGAAGCCCAUGAAGAGGAGAAGACUGAGGCUAUGGCCUCCGCUGUGCGUUACAUUGAGUCAGACCCUGCCAACCGUGACCGCAGGACGCCCAUCGUGAAGAUCAAGCAAGGGUUCGAGCCGCCCACGUUCACCGGCUGGUUCCUGGGCUGGGACCAUGAGUACUGGACCAGCGACCCCCUGGAGCGUGCCAUGGCUGAGCUGGAGCUCUGAACCCUCACCUUUAACCCUGCUGCCUGGCUCUACAACACACACUGAGCAGCUCCAGUCAUGAGACUUUCAAUGGUUGAACCCUUUAUGCCCUGCCAACGUCCUUACCUCUGACUGCCAGUGAGAGGAGGCUUUUUGGAAUAAAUAAAAAAAGAUAUAUCGAGAGAGUAGAACAGGCUUUCAUAUACCUGUUGAGCUGACACAGAGCACUGGUGCACUAUAUUAAUCUCUCCUGAUAAUACUUUAUUAGCUUUUAUACAUAUGCAAAUAAGCAUGUAAGUGACCAAUAAUAAGGGCUUAAAUAGAACCGCAGGCUUAGAUAAGGGAAUCUGCAUGGAUAUUUAAAUAUAUUUUAUGUGUGAGAUAUGCUAUAAAUGUAUUUCUACGAUGUCAACAGACUGUCUCUCGCUAUUCAGAAUCUCACAAUUUCAACAUGAAGAACUUAGCAUAUUACACUGAACAAAAAUAUAAACGCAACAUGUAAAGUGUUGGUUCCAUGUUUCAUGAGAAUGAAAUAAAAGAUACCAGAAAUGUUGCAUUCGCACAAAUAGCUGAGGAGUAUUUCAGUCUGUAAUAAAGCCCUUUUGUGGGGAAAAACUCAUUCUGAUUGGCUGGGCCUGGCUCCCAAGUGGGUGGGGCUAUGCCCACCCAUGGCUGCACCCCUGCCCAGAAAUCCAUAGAUUAGGGCCUAUUGAAUUUAUUUCAAUUGACAUUCCUUAUAUGAACUGUAACUCAGUAAAAUCUUUGAAAAUCUUGCAUGUUGCGUUUAUAUUUUUGUUCAGUGUACAAUCUUCUGAACCAGAGGCAGGGGGUAAUGCAGGAAAACACACUGCCACACAUAACCCCACCCAAGUAAUACAACCAUUAUAGCCUUAAUCUAUAAUACUUCAUGUUCAGUAUGAAGUUACUCAUCAAUGCAGCAGUGCUCUGCCAUUAUGGAAAGGAAUGCAGCGGUUCUCUGCCAUAAUGGAAAGGAAUGCUGCGGUUCUCUGCCAUAAUGGAAAGGAAUGCUGCGGUUCUCUGCCAUAAUGGAAAGGAAUGCUGCGGUUCUCUGCCAUAAUGGAAAGGAAUGCAGCUGUUCUCUGCCAUAAUGGAAAGGAAUGCAGUGGUUCUCUGCCAUAAUGGGAAAGGAAAGGAAUGCAGCGGUUCUCUGCCAUAAUGGAAAGGAAUGCUGUGGUUCUCUGCCAUAAUGGAAAGGAAUGCUGCGGUUCUCUGCCAUAAUGGAAAGGAAUGCAGCGGUUCUCUGCCAUAAUGGAAAGGAAUGCAGGGGAGAGGGACUGAACCAGGCCAGUUGUGUUUUUAUUUGGUGUGUCACAACAGGAGCACCUUCAUUUCUUUAUUUUUUAAAUUUAUUUAACCUUUAACUAGGCAAGUCAGUUAAGAACAAAUUAUUAUUUACAAUGACGGCCUACCCACAAUUGUCAAUGGUUUUCCCAGGCCUUAGUGCUUCUAUUCUAGGUGUCUCACUCCUCUCCUCACUGGUCAGUGCAUGUUGGCCUGGCUCUGUCUGCAGCCUUACAAUGUGGUUCUUCACCGGGAAUCCAAAGCUUUGAUGCUAUAACUCUCAUUAGCCACCACAUCACACCUGUCAAUUGUUUUCCCCAAUUGUUUCAAUAAAAAACCCAAUGUCACUGACACUAGA